AUGUUUGUAUUUUUAGUUGGAGGUAAAAAACAUCAAACAAAUCUUGCUCGUAGAGCUGCACGUGAAGCAAAAGAAAACAACAAUAUACAACCUGCCUUACAAAAUCAACCAAAAAUCCAAAUAAAGAAAAAUUUAGUAAAAAUCGGUAGACCAGGUUACAAAGUGACAAAAGUGAGAGAUUUAAUCACCAGACAACUUGGUUUAUUGUUCCAAAUUCAGUACCCUGAAAUUGGAUUGGAUGUUAUACCUCGUCAUCGAUUCAUGUCAGCUUAUGAACAAAGAGUUGAACCACCAAACAAAGCACAUCAAUAUUUGCUUUUUGCUGCUGAACCAUAUGAGACAAUUUCAUUUAAAGUUCAAAGUAAAGAAGUUGAUAAGGGCGAAGGAAAAUUCUUUACACACUGGGAUCCUGAUUCAAAACAGUUUUCAUUACAAUUCUUUUUCAAGAAUGAUAGACCAGGAAUGUACUCUGAAGGUGUUCCACCUGGAAUGGAAAGACCUCCUAUUGCGAAUCCAUUAAAUCCAUUUAAUGCACCAACUAUGCGUGGACCUACUUAUGUAUAG